UACAGUCAGCCGCACUCCACACACGCUUCUUUGGGUAUCUAACCAUGAGGAUUUACAAAUUCAUUUACCAAGCCUUGUUCUGCGCGCUCCUUACGGCUCUGCACUCAGGUAACUGCAGAAGAAACCAUCAGUGUUUACAGAAGUAUGAGAAGACAGAGAACCACAUGUUGGCUUGCACAAACUGCCCACAGACCCCUUUGGUACGAAACAGUCGAUCACCUGAGCACUGUGCCCGCAAGUGCAAAAAAGCUAAGAAAAACUGCAGGGCUUUCAACUUUCAAAGGCACAGCCAGAAAUGCCACUUGCUUCCAUUUGACCGUUUCGGCACUGAUGUGCAGAAGCAGAGCAACUCUAAUUUCACGCUGUAUGAGAAAAAAGAUUAUAUUAGAGAGUGCAUCAUUGGCACCAACAACUACAGAGGCCGUAGGUCAUGGACCAAGUCAAACAUCACAUGCCAAGCCUGGUCUGAUAACAUCAUCAAUGAACACACGUUUUAUCCGGAUAGGUACCCAGCGCAUGAUCUGCGAGAGAAUUUCUGUCGAAAUCCCAACAACGAUCCUGGUGGUCCCUGGUGCUACACCAUUGACCCAAAUGUACGUGCUGAAGAGUGUGGCAUACCUCAGUGUUCAGAGGAGGAAUGUAUGAAGUGUAAUGGGGAGGAUUACAGAGGCAGAGUGGAUCACACUGAGGGUGGCCGAGAGUGUCAGAGAUGGGACUCAGUGCGUCCUCAUAAACACCUCUUCCAGCCCAAAAAGUACCGUGACAAAAACUUAAAAGAUAACUACUGUCGUAACCCAGACAAUCGCCUGCGUCCCUGGUGUUACACCAUGGAUCCUAAAAUUCCAUGGGAGUAUUGCAACAUCACUGUGUGUGACUCAGACUACAGUGAGGACCUUAUUGCUAAUACGUCAACAUCCUGUUUAGAGGGAAAGGGGGCUGAUUACAGAGGCACUACAAAUGUUACUCCGGAGGGUGUGUCCUGUCAGCGCUGGGAUUCACAGUUCCCCCACAAGCACUCAUUUCUGCCUGAGAACUACAAGUGCAAAGACCUGAGAGAGAAUUAUUGCCGUAACCCUGAUGGCUCAGAUCAACCAUGGUGCUUCACGACAGAUCCAAAUCAGAGGAGAGCCAACUGCACUCAUAUCCCACGGUGUGGUGCUGAAGCCUCUCAAGAAACUGAGUGUUAUGAAGACACCGGGGAGACCUACCAGGGAACAUUAUCUAUCACCCGAUCAGGAAUACCCUGUGCAAAUUGGUCACAACAUAUAAACAGUGGGGAUUCACACUCUACAAUAUCACACGUAGGGCUAGAAAAGAACUACUGCCGGAAUCCAGACAGAGACAAGCAUGGACCCUGGUGUUAUACCAACCCUAACACGCGCCUGUCCUGGGACUACUGCAAACUGAAGCGGUGUGAAUCUGCGACAGAAGUCCCUCAAGUUAGCUUUUCAGAUGUAACAAAAGCCAAAAUUUCAUGCUUUGUGCAUAUAAACACCCGGAUAGUUGGAGGACAUGAAGUGCGAGGAUCAGACGGCAGCUGGGUAGUUAGCAUUCAAAGAGAGAACAUUCAUUUGUGCGGGGGCUCUUUGAUCAGGGAGGACUGGGUUUUGACAGACCAACAAUGUUUCACCUCUUGCAGUGUUCCAGAUCUGAAGGACUACAGUGUGCAGGUUGGGCUAAGGCAGCUCAAUGACUCUUAUAACCAUCCCAGACUCCGCAUCUCACGCCUCAUCUGUGGCCCAGAGGGGUCCAACCUCGUCAUGUUGAAAUUAACAGACCCUGCCCCUGUGUCUGAGGGUGCCUCUACCAUUCAUCUUCCUGUGAAAGAAUGUCACAUCCCUGAAGGCACCAACUGCACCAUGUACGGCUGGGGGGAAACCAAAAGCACAGGGUCUGAUGACACUUUGAACUCGGUCACCAUGGCGAUGGACAGUAAGAUGUGCUUACAAAUCAAAGGCAAUGCUGGGGACAGCAGGAUAUGUGCAGGGGGCAGAAGAGGAGAGGGAGUGUGUGAUAGAGACUAUGGAGGUCCACUGGUGUGUCAAGAACAUGAACGCAAAGUCAUCAUUGGUGUGAGCAUCCAAAGGACCAAAUGUGCUUCUUCACAACCAGCACUUUUUGUCAAUGUUGCCUUCUAUUCAGAGUGGAUUUACAAAGUCUUUAAACUUUACCCCAGUCUGGAAAGAAACUAGGCUGCAUGCAGGAUUCUGAGCCUGGGAGGAGGACAAUGGGAAUUCAGAUCAGUAUUUUGAGGAUCUAAGUGAAUGUUUCAACCCAGAUGGAUAUGGCACAUGGGAUGUAAAAUGAAUGAAGAUAUUAUUACAACCCAGUCCUGGGCACAUAUAGGAAUUGUUUUGGCAUGCUCAGAUUUUCUGAAGCCAUGCAAACAAAGACUACAAACAUUUCAAUGUCUCCUGGAUUAUACUUGAAUUUUGAUGGCGCACGAGUGUGCCCUAUGGAACUACAUGAGACAUUAAAAGGAUUGAUCUGCACAAAGGACUGUUCACGUUGUGCAUGUAU